CGAACUCUCUCAUCUCCUCUACAACAUUGCAACCGGUAUCUCCUGGCUCAAGCAAUUGCACGGCGUCUCUCUGCCCGGAUAUCCAUCUCGAGCGCGCCUGUCGUCAUCACUGUUGCGCUCAUUUGCCUUGCGCGUGCCUCAGUCCUCCCUUGGUGUUCCUAGCAGUGGCCAGUUCCCUGCCUCCUCAUUUCGAUUCUCAGCAACCCUCACAACCCCAACAUCAACACCGGCGAUGGCAUCCAAAUUUUUGCGCGAGUACAAGCUCGUAGUUGUUGGAGGAGGUGGAGUGGGCAAGAGUUGCCUGACUAUACAGCUUAUUCAGAGUCAUUUCGUCGACGAGUAUGAUCCUACGAUUGAGGAUUCGUACCGUAAGCAGUGUGUUAUCGAUGAUGAGGUUGCCCUCCUCGAUGUUCUCGACACAGCUGGCCAGGAGGAGUACUCUGCGAUGCGUGAGCAGUACAUGAGGACCGGCGAGGGCUUCUUGCUUGUCUACUCGAUAACCGACAGGCAGAGCUUUGAGGAGAUCAUGACGUUCCAGCAACAAAUCCUGCGUGUGAAGGACAAGGACUAUUUCCCCAUGAUUGUUGUUGGAAACAAGUGCGAUCUUGACGGCGAGAGGCAGGUGUCAACACAAGAGGGCCAGAACUUGGCACGACAGUUUGGCUGCAAGUUCAUCGAGACCUCGGCGAAAUCACGCAUCAACGUCGACAACGCAUUCUACGACAUUGUACGAGAGAUCCGCAGAUACAACAAGGAGAUGUCCUCAUACACAGGCGCACCGUCUGGCGCACAGGGCCAGAAUGGCAUCGCCAAGAUGGGCGUCGAGGACGACACAGAGAAGAAGGGCGGCUGCUGCGGAUGCACAGUAAUGUAAAGAGCUGGAGACGACGUUGUUGUUGCACACGAUACGAAGAGAGUUGAAAGAUACCUGCCUACCGUUCGGCACCUCCACCAUGCCCCAUAGCCGGUGCCGUCGAGGCUUCCAGAGGGGACACGCGAUACCAUUAGCACGUACUGCCAUUUAAAUUCCACGGACGAGCCAUGCGCUUGAACCGUGCUUCUUUUCGACACUUUCUUUUGGGUUCGCUUUAGGGCUCGGUGUUGAACAACGGCAUAAUACUGGCGCUCAAGCUUUUGAUACGGCAGCGCCUGCGAGAUCUAGACUUAUCAUUUCUUUACGGCAUAUCAGUACGUUUUGUACACCUGUAUUUCCUUACUCAGCUAUUCGAAGAUGCCAUGUUGGGUAGGACGCGGCAUGCGUCUUGGAACGACCUGCAAAAGAUAUCAUUUCUUUGCUUCCUUUUUCUUAGUCAACUUAUCAGCACUUUAACUUCUAUGAACAUAAUUCAUCUCU